AUGGCAAAGCAAUCUGAGCCUGUCAGUCCCCCGGCGUCCGAAGACGACGAAUACUACAAGAACAUCAAGUCCUUCUUCUCUGGCGCCAUCACCAACCCAAAUACAGAGCCUCCGUCCAUCUCGUCUCUUGAAACCCCCUACGCCAAUUCUGACGACGACGGUGACGCUCGCAUCAUGGCCGACCCUGCUAUCGCGGCUGCGGUACCUCGAUACCGCCAGCCGGGCCGAACCAUGUUCGUCACCAUUGGCAGCAUUGCUUCCUUCAAGACCCUCAUUCAAGAAGUUCUCUCUGAGCCGUUCCUUCACGUCUUAGAGGCUCUCAAGUUCAACCGACUCAUCAUCCAAUGUGGCCCUGACCUGGAGUACUUUGAGGAGAUCCGGCCUCAGAAGGGCUUUGAUAGCCACUGGAUCGCCAUCGAAGGAUUUUCUUACACCGAUAAUAUCAAACCCUACUACUUGAAGUGCACCCCUAGCGAUGGUGCCGGCACCAUCCUGGAGUCUCUCAACGUUGAUGCUAGAGUCAUCGUCGUUCCCAACACCUCUCUUAUGGACAACCAUCAGCUUGAGCUCGCCGAGGAGCUCGCCAGACAAGGCUACCUGGUUCAUGGACAUCUUGGCAAACUGCAUGAGGACGUGGAGCAGAUGGAAACUUUCCAGCCCACGAACUGGCCUCCCAAACCACCCGAGAAUUCGGUAUAUCGUCACUUGGGCGAUAUCAUUGGUUCUAUUUUCCCGAAUAAUCGCAAGGAGCCGCUGACCGCAGCUGAAAAGUCAACAUUGCCCCUCGAACAGCAGAUGUGGAACGACAUGGUGGGCGGUCAGCCCUUCUCAGAUGGAGACCCCCGUCAUGACUUCCUCAGUGGACACUGGUCAGAAAAGAAAAAUAACAUGUACCAAGAAUGGCGCCAGAAUUGGUACGCCAAGAAGAAGCUCGAGCAGCAACUCGCGGAAGGCAACAACGACAAAGCCAGCUAA